GCCGGAUCGUUGGCUGCCUCCCAGGGCAGCCAGGGAGCUGUUUCGUUAAAUCCCAACCCAGACUGACCGUGAAGUGAAAAAGCAGAAAUUGGACAGACAGGGCUGAGAUGGAUGAUGAGGGAGCAAAUCAAAACGCCAGCAAAUCACAAGGAGCCGGAGGCCAGGCGUCUGCAACGUCUCUAUCAAACCCACUGAUGAGGGACUUUGUUUCGGACUGGUCCCCUUUACAUGAUGCCUCUAUCCACGGGCGCCUGCUUACCCUGAAGAAACUCAUCAAACAGGGGAGUGAUGUGAAUCUGGUUACAGCAGACCAGGUGUCUCCUCUCCAUGAAGCCUGCCUAGGGGGUCAUGCUGCUUGUGCCAGUGUCCUAUUAAAACACGGUGCUCAGGUGAAUGGAGUUACUGUCGACUGGCACACCCCAUUGUUCAGUGCAUGUGUCAGCGGCAGUGUGGCUUGCUUGAAUUUAUUGCUGCAGCACGGAGCCAGCCUACACCCACCCUGUGACUUGGCAUCUCCCAUCCAUGAAGCUGCUAAGAGAGGUCAUGUGCAAUGUGUUGAAUUCCUCGCGUCACAUGGGGUAAAUAUAGAUCACAACAUCAAGCAUCUGGGUACUCCACUUUACGUAGCUUGUGAGAACCAGCAAGUGAACUGUGCCAAGAAGCUACUUGAGUCAGGAGCAAAUGUGAACAGCGGGAAAGGCCUGGACUCCCCUCUGCAUGCAGCCGCCAGGAAUUGCAGUGCAGAGCUGGUGAUGCUGCUGAUUGACUUUGGAGCGGACAUUGGGGUGAAGAAGGCCGAGAGAAAGAGGCCAAUGGAGCUAGUCCCACCCGGCAGCCCUGUGAGCCAGCUGUUUCUGCAGAAAGAAGGGCCACUGUCCUUGAUGCAGUUGUGCCGCCUGUGCAUCAGGAGGUGCUUUGGACACAAGCAGCAUCAAAAAAUAACGGGACUUCUCCUCCCAGAAGAGCUGAAACAUUUUCUUCUCCACGUUUAAGCCUUUCGUGUUCAAAAUGGUGCCUUUAAUAACGCAGCAAGGUUAGUUG